AUGGAUGUCUCAAACCGGGUCAUUCUGAAUGUUGGUGGAGUCCGUCACGAAACGUAUAGGGCCACUCUCAAAAAGAUCCCUGCAACCCGUCUGUCACGACUCACAGAAGCACUAGCAAACUAUGACCCAGUUCUCAAUGAAUACUUCUUCGAUCGGCAUCCAGGCGUAUUUGCGCAGGUUUUGAAUUACUACAGGACCGGAAAGCUUCAUUAUCCGGUGGAGCCAUGCUGCUGGAUGACUUACACAGCCCAUCGAGACACACAGGACACUCUGCAGAUUCUCGAUCAGGCCGAAAUGGAUACCGAGGAGAUAACCAACGUCGGUCUUUACAAACGCUUCGGCCUGGAAGACGAGUACGAAGACGACACCCUCACUGUUUGGCAAAGGUUAAGACCCCGAAUAUGGUCGGUGUUUGAGGCACCGAAAUCUUCUACGGUCGCAAAGUGUGUGGCCUUCAUCUCCAUCACCUGCAUCAUUCUCUCCAUCGUAUCGUAUUGUUUCAAAACGACCCCGAAUUUAACUCUACCAAUCAUCGAGUUGACACGAGGGGCCUUUGCCGAUCAAGUUAUUCCCUCCUUGACCGGCGGCUCCAUAAACGGCAGCACUUCAACAAGCGUAUAUGCAGAGGACAACUUUACGAUCUCCGCAGUGGGCCGUUCCCGAUUUCAUCAUUCCUUCAUGUAUAUUGAGAGCAUCUGCAAUAUUUGGUUCACCGUGGAGUUUUUAAUUCGUCUCUUCGUGACCGACGAUCUUCUCAAGUUUCUUCGUUCUCCGCUCAAUCUUAUCGACAUUCUCGCACUUCUUAGUUUUUACACGGAUGCCGCCCUCCUCCUUAUGGCUUCAGACGCGCCCGGAUUAGGCAGUUCGGCGGUUGAGUUGCUGAGCAUUGUUCGCGUUAUGCGGCUUUUCAAACUCACACGAUACAUUUCCGGUCUGAAGAUACUCAUCCUCACAUUUAAGGCAAGUGCCAAGGAACUCACUCUUCUGGUAUUCUUUCUUAUGGUCUUCAUCGUCCUUUUUGCGGCCCUUGUAUUCUAUGCUGAACGCUUCAGUCCGUCAUCAAAGAGCGACUUCACAUCCAUACCCAUUGGUCUAUGGUGGGCAAUUGUUACUAUGACGACGGUGGGCUAUGGAGACAUGGCACCCAAGUCCUCUGCUGGUAAGCCAACGUCCUACUUCAUAUUUACUCAUUAUAUUUUAUGCACGUAUGCAUGCAAAUUAAGAGAAGUCGGUGGACUACAAUUGCCGUUGUAG